GCCGGGCCAAACGCCGCCGGCGGCCCGGCCCCGCAGCGCCCUCGGCUCCGGGCGGGCCCUGGCCGGCGGGGCCCUGCGCUCCGCUCCGCGGCGGCAUGCAGGCGCGCAGCUCUCGCGGCUCCGGGGCCCGGGGCCGCCCGCAGGCCGGGCCCCCGGCGCCGCCGGCCCGCCGAGUGGUCCGGGACGCCGGCCCUGCCGCGCAGAGGGCACCGGGCCGAGGCCUCCCCCGAGGCCCAGCCGGGGGUCCCCUGGCCUAGGAGCCCAUGACACCUGUGCCGGAGGCCUCGCCGCCGUGAGCCCUCCGCCGCCGCCGCCGGGGCCCGAUGCCGGUCAUGCCCAUCCCGCGGCGCGUGCGCUCCUUCCACGGCCCCCACACCACCUGCCUGCACGCGGCCUGCGGGCCCGCGCGCGCCUCCCACCUGGCCCGCACCAAGUACAACAACUUCGACGUGUACGUGAAGACGCGCUGGCUGUACGGCUUCAUCCGCUUCCUGCUGUACUUCAGCUGCAGCCUCUUCACGGCGGCCCUGUGGGGCGCGCUGGCCGCGCUCUUCUGCCUGCAGUACCUGGGCGUGCGCGUCCUGCUGCGCUUCCAGCUCAAGCUGUCCGUGCUGCUGCUGCUGCUGGGCCGCCGGCGCCUGGACUUCCGCCUGCUCAACGAGCUGCUGGUCUACGCCAUCCACGUGACCAUGCUCCUGGUCGGGGGCCUGGGCUGGUGCUUCAUGGUCUUCGUGGACAUGUGACGGCACCCAGCCCCUCUGGGCUCGCUUUACGGUGCCCUGUUCCGGUUCUUCCUGGGUGGGUGGGGCUGGGCUGGGCGUUUCCUGCCCCCCCCCCAUUCCUGUUGGCGAGGCCCACGGCACACACUCCCUCCGAGGAGCCUAAAGGGCUGAGACUGCUGGCCGAUGGGGACCUGUGCCCUUCCUCCUGCUGGCUACAUGUGCGCUACAUCCCCUGGGUUCCAAUCCGGGCACGACGGCCCUCUGGGCCCUCUGCCUCCGGACUGGCCCGCGUUGUCCCGUGGGGUGGCCCUUCUGUCCAGUCUGCCCCCGAGAUCUUCUGUGUCACCCGAGUCAGCGUUAGGCCCCACCCGUGGGAGAGUCCUGGACGCAGAGGGGCCUCCUCGCUCCGCAGCCCCCUUCCCGUGCUCCCCUGUUCCCCAGCCUCGGGGACUGGCCGGGGUCCACUUGCCAACACUCCACACUGCCACAAAGCUGUCCCUGGGCUCAGGGCCCCCUGGGGUCCUUCGUGCAGCCCAGCAGUGUGCCAAAGACACCACUGGCAGGGGCCUGGGACUGGACUCCCCUGGGCGCAGGGCAGGUGCCCAGUCCCGUCACCGGGUGGGCGUGCCGAGAAGCCUCUUUGGCCUCGGGGACCCUUGGUUCGCUUUCUCUGCGGGGUUGGGAGCUGCCUGUCUCCAGCAGAGGGCACGGGGCAGAGGUCUUGCUGGGACCCACUGCAAAGAACAAGCCUCGGGGGCCUUAGGCUGCCGCUGCUCCUUCCCACGGCUCCUAAAGCAUGCUAGACAUGACACGCGCGGGCCUCGUAGAGUGUUCCCCCCCCCCAGGAGCACCCAGACCCCCUCUCGGCCUUUGCUGGGGGCCGGAGUGGAAAUGAGAGGCGUGAGUGGCAAGCCCGGGAGCAGGUCCCUGGGCUGCUCUGAGGGUGGUCGUCGGUCAACACUUGCUUCUCCCCAAAUUGUCACCCCUACACCCAAGGCAUGGGUGUGGCCCCUGUGACCCUGCCCUGCCAGGUAGCCUGGUAGCCGGGGGUCAGUCUGUGAGGUCGGUCCUGUACCCUGAAGAGAAACGUAGGGAACCCCAACAGGCAGGGAAAGCGGAAAACACUGGCUGCGAACCCCGCUCUUGGGUCUGUCGCCAGCGUCCGUCCGUCCGUCCGCUGGUCUAACAGAAGGGCUCCCUCUGCCGAGGACGUCUGUCUGACUUCCGGGCCGGCGGGCGAGGAGCCCCCCCCCCGGGUGCACCCCGCUUCUUGCUGCAGAGAAUCUUUUGCACUAAAUCAUGCUCUCCUCAAACAAGUUCUGUUCUGUGUUGCUCAGCUUGUGGCGCUGCGCAGCCGCAGCCCUUGCGGGUGGGUGGUGGGGACCCGGCGGCUGUCCCGCCUUGAAAGUGAGCGGCAGGGGCGGGGCGGCGAGACCGCGCCCCCCACCCCGCUGCCAGCGUCCCGAGUGCCUGUUAAAUUCUUUAUGAGAUGAACCACCUGCAUUAAACCUAUUUUUUUUAAUGUGU